GUUUCUCCUGGGUUUGGGCCUAGCGAAGACCCGUCAGCCGCUGGUGACGAAUGACUUCUCUAGGGGCGCAUGAUGGUCUCACAUGGCCAGAUUGAGAUUUGGACGCGACAUUUGAGCACAGGCUCGAGGACGCGUGUACACACACGGAAACGAAAUGAACUUGUCAGUGAGAGUCUGCCUUUCGAUGUAGAGGAGGAAGAGGGGAAGAGGAAGAGGAGGAGCGGAGUAGGAAGAGGAGGGGUAGAGGAGGGGGAUAUCCAUGCCUUGUGGAGUCUUCGAGAACGGCGUGUACACGCACGGAAACGAAAUGAACUUGUCAGUGAGAGUCUGACCUUGGGUGUAGAUACAGGAGGAAGAGGAGGGGAGGAGGAAGAGGAGGAAGAGGAGGAAGCGGAGGGGAGGAGGAAGAGGAAGAGGAGCGGCGGAGCAGGAAGAGGAACGGAGGACUAGAGGAGGGGGAUAUCCAUGACUUGUGGAGUGCAAGGGCUUGUUGUUGUGUCUUGCGAGGUCGUAUGCCCUUGGGUGCAGGUAUGGGAGGAAGAAAAGGAGGGGGAGGAGGAUGGCAUGCAUGCCUUGUGGACUGCAAGGGCUUGUUGCUUGUCUUGUGGGGUCGGUAGGCCCAUUCGAAGUUGUCCCAAGAGCGUGCCAGUGCUUGCCUGUGGGACUAAACUAUGGAAUAUAAGAAUAGGGUACCGCCCUCCGCUUGAGAUUGAUAAUGAGGAAGAGCUUUGUGCGCUUUGGCGUGGUGGUGGAGAUGCACUGUGGGAUGCCCAACUUCGUUUGAAGCCAAAGAAGGGUGUACUGCUUGGCGCUGUGGAAGAGGAGGAGGUGGAGGGUAGGCGAAGGCGGGUGAUGCGGUCCUUAGGAUGUUGAUCCCUUUCGUCGGCGUGCUGAUACCUAUCGUCGUCGAGUACAACCAAUCAAUCAAUCAAUCUGUUUCCGCAUGCGUGCGCGGCGCACGUACACGCGCUUGCGCCUCGGACACAGACAGUGAGAGGGGAAGAGGGGGGUGGAGUAAAAUUUUCUGAAAAUA